AUGAGUAACCCGCAGAAUAUUCAGCCCUUUCGGCAGCAGCAACAGCAACAACAGCAGCAACAACAGCAGCAACAACAGCAGCAACAACAGCGGAUGCAGCAGACACAGCAAAUGCAACAGACACAGCAAAUGCAACAGAUACAACAGCUGCAGCAGGUACAGCACCGUAUGUCGCUGCCAAGCAACACAAACAUCUUUACUCCACCUAUAUCUCAGUCGUCCCAUGCUUUACAACAAGAUAUCCUUGAACAACAACUAUACCAUCAGGGUAGGCAGGAAGCAUCAAGGUCGCAGAGCUACCAAUAUCAGCAACAGCCGCAAGUGCUCACGGCUCCUUUCUACCCCAAUCCAGCAGACUCAUCCAGCCAGAUACAGUGGCAGGCUCACCAAGGCUUGGCUUCCAGUCCAACCAGAAGCCAGUCUACAUUUGUCAUUGUUCCGGCAAGCAAUCCUGCAACCAACGCUUUCCAACCCUGUUUCACUAAUACUGCCGCUCUAUCUCGGCAAGCACAACCAGAACAGUUAAUCAGUCAACAGAUACAUUCAGAUUUGAGGACGUCUUUCGGCCCGUUGCCGGGAAAGGUUGUAAGUGAUGGUAAUGGCGCCCAUGUAACUAUUGUUCCGCGUUUCGAUGAUGCCGCGGUUACGCGCUUCGGCGGACAGUUACCUAUUGGAUCCAAUACCUCAUUACAAGAUUUCCCUGAGUGCACCAUCAUCCCAGUGUCACAGAGCAUGGGAUACCAAGGGUCAAACAUAGUUGUCUCGAGGCAACAAUCACUUGGUCAGUCCAACCUCGUAACUCACUCUCCAAUGUCCACAAUUGCUGCUUCCCUACAGUCCCGUGUACAAGCAACAGGAACACGACAAGGGCCUAGAUGCACAGCUGCAUAUGCGUUUAUGCCACCUAUUCCGGCUCUAGUAACUCCAUCGAUAACUGCCUGUCCCAGCUUGGCGCCUCUCAAUGCCCCGUUAAGGUUUCGCUCGAUCACGCCUGCACCUAUUCGCGACACCCGUCGUGAUCCUUAUCCGAUCCCAACGCGAAUGCAGAGGAACACUUUAGAUAUUGCUGGACUCCCUAGGACUAUCGCGAGCUCAAGUCAAACUAGAACACAUGAUACACAAAGAACUGCAUCAUUGACAUCAAGGCGUGAUUCAACCAGGAAUCAGUCUAAAAUGGUAUCAUGUGUCUCAUUGCCUCACUCCUCUUCAUCACCGGGCCGAGCAGUGCUGGCAUCUGCAUCAUCACAAAGAUCGAUCCCCGCUAUACCGUCAUCGAAUGGGCCUCAUGGUCAAGCACAAGGGGCAGACCUACCGCCCCAGGCGCCUAUUUCAAUAUACUAUCCACAGGCGGAGAACACUGGUGAUCAUGAUGUCAGCAUGCUUGAUCUUGAGGAAGAAGAGAAAUUUGUUGAAGUGACACUCAACGUCGAUAUUCCCAAGUCAUCCACACCUACAGUCCCAGGAGAACCAAAAACAACGGUUCUAAGCGUAAAUCCAUCAUGGCAUUGCGUCUUUGUGGAGAUUGUUCACCAGCAGCGGAUUCGAACCUCAAUCCGAAUCCAAUUCUGCCCGAGUCCGAUCAAUCCAACGUUCAAAGACCACCGAUCCAGGAUUUUGAGCCUCAAGACUGUGCAAGUGAUCGGGUACACUAGUCGACAGGUAGAGAUGACACAGCGGAUUUGUGGAGAGAAACUACUAGCGAAGGGCGGCCUCAACAUACAUCUUGAUCCAUCUGUGAUAACCUACAAUGAAGCCAGUUAUGGCUUUACACUAUCUCUUUCCAGCUUUGAAGCUGAGUUGUUGUCAUGUGCUAAUGCUUGUAAACCUGAUGAGCCGCUGCCGCUUUCCCGCCAGCAAAAUUCUGCUUACUGCCGUCGCAAUCUUAAGGAACUGUAUUGUGAUACACUGUCAAAAGAUGUGACAAUUACACUUCGACCCUCGGAUGAAGUUUUCCAUGCCCAUAGUGUUGUUCUUGAGAACUAUGACUAUUUUCGAACAUUAUUGCAACAGCACAUUAACCGGCAGGGGUCUGCAAGCCUAUAUAAUGCGAACUCUAGCCAGCAGCGACAAGAAGAGUCUACCAGCUCAUCGAAUACAACACAUUCUGCCAUCGAUGAGGAAGGCUAUGCACAACCACUCCACCCUACGCUGCCAUCACCAUCACUAACAACGCCUCAGCAGCAACAGCAACGUCAACAACAGUAUCGACGGGUGCAUCAACAGCCGCAAGGUAGGCAGGAUCAGGACAGCUUUGGUCGUCCUCCAAAGAUUAAGAUUGAGAUACAUGAUAUCCAGCCUUACGCAUUCCGAGCAGUACUUCACUUCAUGUACGUAGGGCAUAUUCCUGUCACGACAGGUUCAUCGCCCCCAGGCGCGGUACAACAACAUUCGGGUGCUACCCCUAUCCGACUAGGAGCUGGGACAGGCGGCAAUGCUUCCGAUGGACAGCCGGGAUCUGCUCCCAGUGAGGGCCCUUCUCACAGCCAUCUCCCAGCACGCAGUGAAAGAGGAGAGACCAACACAAGUGGCAGCAACAAUGACAAUACAGGCGACGGAGCUACACCAGCAUUCGAAGGUACAGGGGCGCAAGCUUUGCAGCAAUCAUCGCAACCUCAGUCUCAGCCUUUGCAAGAAUCCGUGGCAGAUGCCCCAACACAAGUUAUCGAGUUCUCUUGGAGGGAGCUCUACGAGACUGCAUCCAAGUUUCAGAUCAUGAGGAUGAUGCAUCUCGUCCAACUGGCACUCAUCGCUAACCUGGAUACGAAUCAAGCGGUGCAAGAGCUGUUUGAAUGGGCGUAUCAGUAUUGGACAUUGGUGCCGUGCUAUGCCAGCUUCAUUAUUGAAAACAUGGAUCCAACCUUGUUGCACUAUGACAAUAUAUUAAUGUCAUCACCUACAGUAGCGGCAGCAGCAACAGCAACCGCACCCAGGUCAGUGUUUUGGCCUUACCAUAAUACAUGCCCACGGUUUGAUGACAUUAUGGUUUUGUUCCUGCAGAUGCUGAAUGAACGAAAGGAAGCAAAUGUGCUGACUUAG